UGUUUAAUAACUGUGAUAUCAAUGGCUGGCGGACUCAUCGAGACCCAGAAUCCGGAAUAUAGAGAAGGAAUAUUAUUGCUUCACCGAAUCGCGGAAAGCGCGCUUUGUCUUGUCUUCCUUGGAUCGGGAUGGCAUCCACUGGGUUUAAAUUCCAUCAUGAGAUCGCGGUCUUGAACUGUGGAGGAACGGCUACCAUUCACCCCCCGCCAUUUGGCGCCGAAGCGGACUCGGGGAGACGGAAUCAUGGAUACGAGGCAACCGAUGGAAGUUCAGAUCUCCAAGUUGCACCCUUGCUUUCCUGUGGAAACAAGAAUAUGCAUUGUUGGAGCUGGUCCUAGUGGUUUAUCUGCUGCCUAUGCACUGGCUAAGCUAGGAUAUAGUAAUGUAACCAUCUUUGAGAAACACCAGACAGUUGCUGGAAUGUGCGAGUCAGUUGAUAUUGAAGGAAAAACUUAUGAUCUGGGAGGCCAAGUUAUUGCAGCAAACAGUGCCCCUGCAAUUUCUCACUUGGCAAAGGAAGUAGGAGCUGAAUUUGAAGAGAUGGACUCACACAAGCUUGCUCUUAUUGACAGCCGUACUGGAAGUUAUAAAGACAUGGAAGUAGCCGAUGACUAUGUUUCCAUCAUGUCAUUAACUCUAAAACUACAGGAUGAGGCAAAUAAGUCGGGUCAUAUUGGAAUUCAUGCAUUGAGUGAUGUUGCAUCAGAUCCAACACUUGAUUUCCUGAAGCAUCAUGGCUUAAAUUCAGUGCCUAAAUCAGUGGCAUAUGGUUACACUGCUUCUGGCUAUGGGUAUGUUCAAGACAUGCCCUAUGCAUACAUUCAAGAAUUCACCCGAACUUCCAUGGCUGGAAAGAUUCGGCGUUUCGAAGGAGGAUACACGAGUAUGUGGCAAAAACUUAGCCAGUCUCUGCCAUUUAAUGUUCUCUGCAACACAGAGGUUUUAAAGGUCACACGCAGUUGUAUUGGCGUCAGUGUAACCGUCAGGAAUGCUGGAGGUGAAGAGAAUAUUAUGGAGUUUGACAAAAUUAUAUUGUCUGGUGCUCUUGCAUUCAAGAAUGGAAGAACAUAUAGGUCCUCAAGUUUAUCCGCGGGGGAAAAUGAGGUGGUAGCAUUGAAUGAUCUUGAAAAGGAGUUAUUUAGCAAGGUACAGACCAUAGAUUAUUACACUACCGUUUUGAAGAUCAAAGGAUUGGAUCGUAUGCCUUUGGGCUUUUAUUACUUUGGGGAGUUCAUGGAGGAUCCUGCAACAAUUGGGCAUCCUGUGGCAAUGCAGAGGUUCUUUGCUGAUACAGAUGUCUUUUUGUUCUGGUCUUAUGGAAAUUCCUUGGAUAUCAAGGGUUCAACCGUGACCAAGCUUUUGAUGGAUGUCGUGAAUACCAUGGGAGGGAUAGUUGAGAAAGUGCUUUUGCAGCGACGAUUCAAGUAUUUUCCACAUGUUAACAGCGAAGAUAUGAAAAAUGGAUUCUAUGAGAAGUUGGAGUCUCAAAUUCAAGGGUUUCAGAAUACUUAUUAUGUGGGAGGACUAUUGGCGUUUGAGCUUACAGAGCGGAAUUCAUCAUAUGCCAUGGCUUUGAUCUGCAAACACUUUGCCAAUGAUAAUGAGCUGCCAGUGUUUCCAUAUGUUAAGAGAUUGUUUCCUUUAAUCUCCGGCCAUGAACCUUGUUCUCCUAAAGAACUAGGUGAACUCCCGGGAGUUGAAUUUCCAGAUCUUCCCUCCCUAGACAGUUAUCUAAAAUUCUGGGGGACUCAUACAAUCACCAUGAACAAGACCCUCUACACCUGGAUCGAUGAGGAAGGGCAAGCUGUAAACAGGAGGACCUAUGGUGAACUUCAUGACAAUGCUUCUCUUAUUGCCCGAAAGCUACUAACUAGCAACAAACCUAUUCUCAAGCCCGGGGAUCGAGUUCUUCUGAUUUUCCUCCCUGGUUUGGAGUUUGUUGAUGCCUUCUUUGGGUGCCUCAAAGCUAAAAUUAUACCAGUUCCAGUUUUGCCCCCUGAUCCUCUCCAAAGAGGUGGACAAGCACUUCUGAAGAUUGAAAAUAUCUCCAAAGCAAGUGAUGCUGUGGCACUUUUAUCUACAUCUUCUUAUCAUGCUGCUGUUCGAGCAGGCUUUGUGAAAAAUGUGAUAAUGCUGACAAAAAGCAAUACAAAAUAUUCUGCGCGCUGGCCUGACCUUCCAUGGCUACACACAGACUCAUGGAUCAAAAACUAUAGAAAUCACUCCAGCAACUCCUCUUUGAUUGCAGAAGUAAACUCUGAGUCUCAGCCAAAUGAUUUAUGUUUUCUGCAGUUCACUUCAGGUUCGACAGGUGAUGCAAAGGGUGUGAUGAUCACUCAUGGUGGGCUCAUCCAUAAUGUAAAAUUGAUGCGAAAGAGAUACAGGAGUACCUCAAGGACCAUAUUGGUUAGCUGGCUUCCUCAAUAUCAUGAUAUGGGGCUUAUAGGAGGCCUUUUUACAGCUCUUGUCAGUGGAGGAACUGCAAUUCUCUUCUCCCCUAUGACAUUUAUCAGGAACCCACUCUUAUGGCUUCAAACCAUCAACGACCAUCGGGCUACUCACAGUGCGGGUCCAAACUUUGCAAUUGAGCUAGUAAUAAGAAGGCUAGAAUCUGAUAAGAACAAGACCCGAGCUUAUGACUUGUCUUCUUUGGUCUUUCUUAUGGUUGCUGCUGAACCAGUAAGGCAGAAAACUCUGAAAAGGUUCAUCGAAAUCUCUCGAUCUUUUGGCCUUUCUCAAGAAGUUAUGGCUCCUGGCUAUGGUCUGGCUGAGAACUGUGUCUUUGUAAGCUGCGCUUUUGGAGAAGGCAAGCCGGUUUUUGUAGAUUGGCAAGGUAGAGUCUGCUGUGGCUAUGUUUGUUCAAAUGAUCUAGAUGUUGAUAUUAGAAUUGUAGACCCAGAAACUCUUAAAGAGCAUGAGGAAUAUGGGAAAGAAGGGGAGAUAUGGAUCAGCAGUCCCAGUGCUGGAGUUGGGUAUUGGGGUAGUCAAGAAAUGAGUCAGAAGACAUUCUUUAAUGAGCUUGAGAACCAGCCUGGCAAGAAAUUCACAAGAACAGGAGACCUUGGAAGGAUUAUUGAUGGGAAGCUUUUUAUCACUGGAAGAAUAAAGGAUCUAAUUAUUGUUGCUGGAAGAAACGUUUACUCUGCUGAUGUAGAAAAGACAGUAGAAAGUUCUUCUGAAUUGUUGCGGGCUGGAUGCUGUGCCGUUGUUGGUGUUCCAGAGGAAAUUUUGACUGCGAAGGGAAUUUCAAUUCCAGAAAUUUUUGAUCAGGUUGGACUGGUGGUGAUUGCUGAGGUAAAGGAUGGCAAACCAGUUAAUGGAGAGAUUGUUGAGCAAAUCAAAACACGUGUAGCAGAAGAGCAUGGCGUGCCUGUUGCUGCUGUCAAUCUGAUCAAACCUAGAACUAUCUGCAAAACGACAUCAGGGAAGAUACGUAGGUUUGAGUGCCUGAAGCAAUUCACAGAAGGAACUCUGAGUUUAGCAACAGAGCCUGGUUCAUCUAAAAGAUCUCUGUUCCGAUCUUUCAAGACAGGUUCUUCAUUGGAGGGACAGAGAACAUGCUCACUACUUUGUAAACCUCGUUCCCCUCAUCCUCAACCUCUCAAUGUUGGAAAGAGCACGAAUGAAAUUACUGAGUUUCUGAAAGGACUGGUGUCAGAGCAAACUGGGAUUCCAGUGGACAAGAUAGCUACCACUGAGAGCCUUGUCUCCUAUGGUAUUGAUUCAAUUGGAGUGGUUAGAGCAGCUCAGAAACUCUCGGAUUAUCUUGGGGUUCCAGUUGGAGCAGUAGACAUUUUCACAGCAACCUGCAUCUCAGACUUAGCAAGCUUUUCAGAGAAUCUGCUGAUGAAGUCUCAGCCCCAGUCCUUGACAACUGCAUCCCAUUCUCCGGAGGUUGAGACAGAACUUCUCCUACCGGUUAUCGAUGUAUCACCAUUAUGGAAACUGGGUAUUGGGUUCUUCCAACUUCUAGCUAUCAUCUAUAUUUCUUGUAUCCUAAUUCUACCAGCUUACUUCUCCUGCUCUGCAUUUUUGAGUUUUCUAUCUCAUAUUCCCGUUGAGCAUACUUCUCUCUCAUGUUUUCUUAUUUCUCUAUUUUUGACACCUCUUGCUUGGAUCUUCUACAUCUUCUUCACCUGCCUUUCCCUCUGUAUAUUUGGAAACUCAUUCUUGCAACCAAACUAUGUGUUGACCCCAGAGAUAUCUAUAUGGUCUAUUGAUUUUGUGAAGUGGUGGGCUCUUAACAAGGCCCGAGAAGUAGCUGGGAAAGUUUUAGCCGUCCAUCUGAGGGGAACAACAUUUCUGAAUUACUGGUUUAAGAUGCAAGGAGCUCAAGUUGGGUCAUCUGUUCUAAUUGAUACAGUUGAUAUCACAGACCCCCCUUUAGUGUCAAUUGGAGGAGGAGCCGUGAUUGCAGAAGGGGUGCUAAUCCAAAGCCAUGAAGUGAGGAAUGGAGUUUUGAGCUUUCAGCCAAUUAAAGUAGGCAGGAAUUCCUCAAUUGGCCCUUAUGCUGUGAUCGAAAAAGGAAGCAUAGUUGGCGAAGAUGUCGAUAUCCUGCCUCUGCAGAAGAUCGAGGGUGGAAAGCCCGUAUUUAGAUCUGAGAAGAUGUUUAAAGGUCAAAAGGGAGGAGCUGUGACCGAAUUCUACGAGGACUUGCCAGAGAAGUUAGGACCAUUUUACCACUUCAUGGGUAUCUAUGCAGUUGGUUUCCUCAACUCCCUCUGUGGUGCCAUCCUCUAUUUGAUGUACAUAUACUUAUCUAAAUCCUCUCCUUUGCUUCACCACUUCACAUUUGUUUGCCUUGCGGGCGCCUUCCACUGGUUACCAUCCACUAUCACUGUUUAUGUUGCCAUCACUAGCAAAGUUCCAUCCAAUCCCACAACUUUUGCUUUCUUUGUCGCCAUUGGUUAUGUCACCCAUGGUCUCAUCCUUGGCCUCAUCAGCGGCUUCUUGAACCGUCUUCUCACUAGAAAUCAGGGAAUCAAACAAUCUCACCUGAGAACAUGGCUUCGUCACCGGAUAAAUGUUGCUUUCCACCUCAGAUUUGCCAAGCUUCUAUCAGGAACUGAAGCCUUUUGCAUGUUUCUACGCCUUUUGGGGGCCAAAAUUGGCUGGCACUGUUCCAUAAGGGCCAUAAAUCCAGUCACCAAUCCUGAACUGAUCUCGAUAGGUGACGGUGUUCAUUUGGGUGAUUUCAGCCGGAUUCUCACUGGAUUCUAUUCUCCUGGACGGUUCAGUUAUGGAAAAGUCAAGGUUCAAAGGAAUUCAGUACUCGGAAGCCAAAGCCUUGUUCUCCCAGGCACUAUUAUUCAAGAAGAUGUCAUUCUUGGAUCUCUUUCAAUUGCACCUGUGAAUUCUCUUCUCCAAAAUGGUGGCAUCUAUGUGGGCUCUAAGAUCCCAGUCAUGGUCAAGAACACCUUGCAUGCUUCUGACGAGAGAAUCGAAGAGAUGGACCAGAAAUAUAAAAAGAUUGUUGGAAAUCUUGCUGGAAACUUGGCCAUUACAACUAUGAAUGUGAAUUCAAGGUACUUCCACCGCAUCGGUGUUGGAGGGAGAGGACUCCUAAAGAUGUACCAAGAUUUGCCAGGAUUUCAGAAACACAAGAUAUUCUGUGCUGCGAAGUGUCUCCCAGUAAUAAUUCGGCAUAGCAACAGUCUGAGUGCAGAUGAUGAUGCUAGGAUUGAUGCACGGGGUGCUGCUAUACGAAUUCUAUCAGAAGGCAGUGGAGAAGCACCUCUUCUUGACCUGACCCUGAAGACAGGCAAAGCAUUCUAUGCACGUACAAUUGCCGACUUUGCCACUUGGCUUGUCUGCGGCCUUCCUGCUAGAGAACAACAAGUGAAGCGUGCUCCUCACAUUCGUGAUGCUGUCUGGGGCUCUAUGAGGAAUGCCAACUCAUAUGUUGAGCUGCAUUAUUAUUCAAACAUCUGCCGGCUACUUCGAUUUGAUGAUGGACAGGAGAUGUAUGUGAAGUUCAAACUUCGACCACUUGAUCCUGAGAUUGAUGAGGAUUCUGGUCAGGUGGCACCUGAGGGGAUACUUCCUCCAGAAACUGGUGCAAUCCCAAGAAAAGAAAGUGACACCCGUCCCUUGCUAUUCCUUGCUGAUGAUUUCAGGAAACGAGUAGAUUCUCCUGGUGGUGUCCACUAUAUAUUUCAACUGCAAUGUAGACCAGUCCCUUCACAUGAAGCUGAUCGUGAUGUCGCUCUUGACUGCACUAAACCUUGGGAUGAAACCGAAUUUCCUUAUAUUGACAUUGGAGAGAUUACAAUCGAUAAGAAUCUCACUGCUGAAGAAUCCGAGAGGUUGGACUUCAACCCAUUCCUCAGGUGCCAUGAGGUUGAUGUCAUCCGGGCUACUUCAUGUUCGCAGAGCGCAUCCAUUGAUCAUGGUCGUUCAUUGAUCUAUGAAAUAUGCCAACAGCUACGCAAUGGUCAGCCACUGCCGGCAGCAUGGCGAAGCUUCCUUGAGCAAUCUGAUGCUAAGGUUGACCUCUCUGGCUGUCCAAUGGCUGCGGCGGUGCAGGCAAAGAAAGGUGGUGCGAGGAGCAUAACAUUGGCGAGGACUUGGUAUCAGAUGCUAUGGGCCACAACUUGUCAGCCAUUGCUGCAGACCUUCCUACCAUACUUUAUCCUUGGAUUGGUACUCUUCCGGCCUCUUCAACAGAUGCUUAUCGUUAAGGAAGUGAAGCAGCUACCAUUGCAUUGGCUGCUACCUCUUUUCUGGGUUCUCUCAGGGAUCCUGGCUGCAUUGGCCUGUGUUCUGGCCAAGUGGGUUCUGGUGGGGAAGAAGAAAGAGGGCCAGACAGUGAUGAUAUGGGGCUGGGGGGUGUUCAUGGACUCGUUGUGGCAGGCCUUGAGGACUGUCGUUGGUGACUACUUUGUGGAGAUGACAUGUGGUUCUAUUCUUUUUGGUACUUGGAUGAGACUGAUGGGCUCAGGCAUAGAGGUGGGCCAGGGAGUGUUUGUGGACAGCAUGGGGGCUGUGCUCAACCCAGAGAUGGUGGAGAUUGAGAAGGGAGGGUCUGUAGGGAGGGAUGCCUUGCUAUUCGGCCAUAUCUACGAAGGGGAAGGGGGGAUGGUGAAGUUUGGAAAGGUCAGGAUUGAGGAGGGGGGUUAUGUGGGGAGUAGGGCUGUGGCCAUGCCUGGAGUGAGGAUAGAGAGUGGAGCGAGCCUCGACGCUCUUUCCUUGGCCAUGAAGGAGGAGGUUGUGAGGUCUAGGUGAUGAACGGAAGGUUAAUGUGGCAACACUCUAAGCUCGAGUAAGAGGAUACAUGUAUCAGUAUUACUAAUAGAUUCGCCAAUAAUUUGGCCACAAUCUUAUGUAAGGUUGUGCACAAGGUUAAUUGGCCUAAAGUCUUUUGGUACUCUAGGAUUAGGAUGUUUUGGUGAUUAGGGUUAGAAAUAUUGAGUUCCAGCUCCUGGGCAUGCAUCCAACUUUAAAGAAUUUCUUCACCGCCUCGCAAGUGUCCACCUUGAUGAUAGGCUAAAAAAGAUUUUGAAGAACAAUUUUUGAAACCCAUGGUGUUCUGGUGCUUUGUUGGAUGCCAAACUCAUGGCUUCAAUUUGCUCAUUCAAGAUCUCCACAGUAAAGCUUCUAGUAUUAUGAUGACAUGUACUCUUCUGGCAGCAUACUAAUCUAGAUUCUUUGUUUGCGAAAGAA